CCAGAGGCGUGUCGGUGCAGCGUUUGAAUUUUUAGCCAGACUUUUCAAGCCAGUCGUCGGAUAGAUCGUCAAAUAAAGCGUACGCUAAACUUUGGAAGUGUUUAUAUAGCACUUAAAUCUCUUCAGAGAUCUACGGCGGAACCACAGGAUGAGGAAGAGUGAAAUCCACGCUGCAGAGUCUGUAGCAUGUUUGGGCAAGGCCCUCGGAGAGCUGAAGGACAUCUGGGAGGAGAUCGGGAUCCCAGAAGACCAGAGGCUUCAGCGAACGGACGCCGUCCACAUGCACAUCAAAAAUCUGCUGGAUAUGAUGAUCGCAGAGGAGGAAGGGCUGAAGAAGCGCUUGCUGAGCAGUAUUGAAGCAUGCAGAAAAGAGGUGACCAGCCUGUGUAGUGAGCUUCAGGUGCAGGAGUGUCAGGAGGAGGAUGGCCUUACAAUGCUGCAGCUGGAGAAGGAUCUACGUACGCAGGUCAAGAUGAUGCUGAAAGAGAAAAGUGCUCGUCAGAGCGAGCUGAAGUCUCUGAUUCAGCAGGAUCAAGAUCUGUGUGACAUCUUGUGUGAUGAGCUGUUCCCCAUCCAUCCUGAACAUGUCCCGUCACAGCAGCAGCUGCAGAACUACAGACAACACAACAACACACGCAACCAGGAGAGGGAGCGCCGUCAUGCCGAGUUUGUGGGAAUGAAGCGUCAGAUCACAGUGUUGAUGGAGGAUCUGGAGCAGCAUCCUGACACCUCUUUUGAGAAAGACGCUGUGUGUGAAGAUGAAGACGCUUUCUGCCUUUCCGUGGAAAACCUCAGUGCGCUCAAAGUGUUACUGCACCAGCUGGAGAGCCGUAAAGCUGAAAGUGAAGCGCUGUGUGUGUCCAUCCGUGGUCGUAUCGAGCAGCUGUGGGAGAUGUUGCAGGUUCCUGAGGAAGAAAGAGAGAGUCUGCUGCACAACACCCUCACUAGCUCAAAAAGCAGACUGAACGCACUGCAGGCAGAGCUGCAGCGACUUGAGGAACUGAAAAAGAAAAACAUCCAGCGCGUUAUUCACGCAAUCCGAUCAGAGAUCGUCAAGUUUUGGGAGAAAUGUUACUUCAGCCCGGAGCAGAGACAAGCCUUCACUCCCUAUCACAGCGAUGAUCUGGAAGAGGAGGUGUUGCGUGAACAUGAGCUGGAGUUGGAGCGACUGAAGCAGGACUAUGCUGAACACAGCGAGCUGUACGACGCUGUCUCCACCUGGAGCAGCAACUGGGCUCUCUAUCAGGAACUGGAGAAAAAAGCCACGGACCCCUCUCGCUUUAACAACAGAGGAGGAAACCUGCUGAAGGAGGAGAAACAGAGGGUUGACCUGCAGAAGAGUUUGCCGAAGCUGGAGAAGAGUCUGAAGGCUCAGAUUGACCAAUGGGAAGCAGCGCACUGUAAAGAGUUCCGUGUGCACGGACAGCCGUUUCUGCAAUUUGUGGAAGACCAGUGGAAUCAACACCGCAUGGAGAAAGAGAGAGAAAAAGAGGAACGGCAAAUGAAGAAAAUAAAGCAGACGGAGGAAGAUCUACUGUACGGCACCAUCAUCAGAACUCCAACCAAGAGGAGACUCGCGGGAACCCCGACACCCGGAAAAACACGCAAGCUGAUCUCCACCUCUAGCAUGUGUAGCUCCACCCCCAACACGACACUCCGUUCCAUAUGCCCCUCCCCUUCUUUAAGACCGCCCCUUUCCUCCAGCAAGCUGGGUGCGCGGACACCUGCCCGUGGCCGAACCCCUCGUGGGCUGGAGAGGAAUAAAGAGAACAUCUCCCAUCUGAGCGGAGCUUUGCGCACAAUAGCCGCCAGCCCUCAAAGAAACUACUCCAUCACAUCUGUGGCCUCCUCCUACUCGGAGUUUGCGAAGGACUCUGAAUCCACUGCAGCGUCCAGCGGGAGCUCUCAAGCGGAAAAUCCAACGUCAAGACUGGAGUUCUGAACUCUACCGUCACACACUGAUCUCCGUAGAUCAAAGAUGGACUGAUGGACAUCGAUGAAGACAAAAAAAGAAGCUUUUAUUGCAAUACUGAAUGUAAAUCACUUAGAUUUUGUUGAGGAAUUGUAAAUAUUUUACCUCUGCUUUUUACUAUAUUUCUCGUGACUUUUGUUUCCUUUUAUUUAAUUUUCCUUUUAUGAGUUUUCUCUGUCUUUGAGCUUGGCUUCACCUGCAAGUUUUUCUGAAAACUCAUUAACACUGAUCUUAGGCCUCUGAGAUGGAUUUUAUCUGUUAUACUCUAAAAUCACAGGCAUUUAGAUGCCUUUCAGACUUUAUCUUCUGUAGUGAUUGCACAGCACACUAGGUUUACAUGACGUCACUCCUCUUGGGAAAAACUGCUGCUACUGUGGUGGUUGGCAUCCUGUAAAUAAAUUUGUUUUCAUGGGGACA